UCCCAUUCUCAAAGUACUCCAAUUAAGGAGAUUGGGGAGUGGGGACUGAUAUGUUGAUCCAUUUCCACUAGAUCAAGUAUUGCUUUGUAUUUAAAAUCGAAAUGAUGGGAUUUGCAUAAAUAUAUGAAUACAUAAAUGCAAUUAAACAAACAUAUUAAGGUUGCAUUGCUGGCUACUUCCUCGAUCUCGUGUGAAGGUGUCACCUGCCCUAAUUAUCAUGCUAAUCUAACAAAAUCUAAAGAGGAAAGAGCACAACAAGUCAGCAAGGUGGUUGAUCCUGGAAUUUUCAAGAGGACGUGGUUUCCACCAAAAGAAGGUUUCAUGAAGUUAAAUAUUAAAGGAUCGGAGCAUGGAAAUCGGGGAAUGUAGCAGGAGGAGGUGUCUUUCGAAGACCUACAGGUUCUUGGUUUGUAGGUUAUUCAAGUAAAUUCAAUGUUCACUCUCCCUUAGCUUCAGAACUGUAUGCUCUUCGAGAGGGUUUGAUGAUUGCGAAGGACUUUAUGAUUGACAAGCUGGAAGUGGAAACAAAUGCUCUCAAUCUCAAGCUGCUUUUGGAAAAGGUUAAUGAUCAGUCACAUCACGAGUUUGGACAUGUUUUAAGGGAAGUGACACAACUUUUGGGUCAGAACUGGAUCAUAAGUUUCUCUCACAUUCCGAAGUUUUCUAACAAGGUGGCUCAUUCCUUAGCUGCACAUUCUUUGGUCAUGGCUGUAGGGCAUAAACUCCAUUAUAUUAUUCCUUCUUGUGCUAAGGAAGACUAUGAGAUCGAUUUUGAGCAUGCCAAUUUAGAAUAUGUAAGCAUUGUGAGAAGGAAUGCACGUGCUCAGGCCCUUGCAAUUGGUGCUCUCAAUGUUAAGAAUGAUGAUACUCUUAACAAGGCUGCAACUUGCUCUCCAGCUUCACAAAUUGUUUUUGGAUCAAGCGUGUCAACAAUUCAACAAGUGGUAGACAAGUUUUCCAACAAAGACAAGAAGCAGAUGGAUAAGGGUAAAGGAAAGGAGUUCACUCCUUUUGUUGUUGGUGGUUCAACAAUUGCUAAUGCCAUAGAGUGUAGGGUUAUGAACAAUGUAAACAAUAUAAUUCGCGCGGAAAAACCAUAAAGCUAGGAAUCCAAAUUAAUUGCCACAAAGUCAAUUAGCAUAAUUCAAGAUACAUACUAUGUGAUUUGUGCCUUCCCUAGCUGCUCCCGAACCGAAUAAGAACAAGUAGAUGACUCCAAGUGUCGUCCCUCCGUAGAUAGUCCAUAACACAUUCGCUUCCGCCUUAGAUUCAACCAACUAGAAUAUUCUCUAAGGUUUUAUGUGCACUGGGGAAACUCACAAUGGUGAUAGGAAAUUGUAAUUGUGAUGUAUAAAUUGUGAUCAUGAACCACAUAUUCAUA